AUGCCCGCUGAUUCCAAACUUCCCAGUGACUCUGAGAAAUCCCACACGCCGUGGUGGAAAAGUUGUAUUCCAACCUUACCUGUACGUGAGAGGCGCAGGUCUUCAGACGACCCUAACAAGCCGAUCGCGAUGGUAGCUGACUCUCCAAGGAAGAAGCGAAGAGCGUUAAGCCCUUUAGCAAACAACCGCAAACCGGUUCCCAUGAUACCUGUCAUGGAGGUAAAUUCAGGGGACGUAGAGUCCCACAAGGCAUCAGCUAGGGCCGAGUUCGAUGCUGCGCUAGAAGACGAUGAGAGUAACAAAAAGUACUUAACUCGUCAUGAGGAACUUCUGGAUGCGGAGGACAAGAACGCCUGGGAUCGUAGCGCAAGACCAGAUCCAGCAUCCGAGUCAUACCAGAAAGAGAUCAAAGCUGCCGCUAUAGUACAAGCUGUUCGGAAUUAUGAGCGUGAAUUCGUCUUUGGGAAUCUGCCGUCCGAAGCAAUCCCUGGCAAGAACACGCUCGACAUGGGAGGGCAAUUUCUCACGAACAAGAAACGCAUCAAUGAGAGAAGCAAGCUGUUUGAGAUUGCCAAUCUCGUACCCAAAGGCGCGCUUCUGCACUUGCACUUCAACUCUGAACUGCAUCCUGAGCAGUUGCUGUACAAGGCCCGUUAUAUGCCCACUAUGUACAUUCGCAGUAUUCGGCCAUUGCUGAAAGAAGAAGACCUCCAAGAGACAGAGAUCGUCUUCAAUGUUAUGGAUCCUGAGCAGGUCCAAGAAGGAGUCGACAUUUUCAAACCCGAUUAUCCUGGAACUGCUACCAAUUGGAGACAGGAAGAAAUGAAGUUCAAAGUAUGGAUGAAAUGGAGUGACUUUCAAACUGGCUUCGAUGAGCACUUCUCGGAAGGCCACCAUGACAAUCACGACGAGCCGGUGUUCCAUCAACCCCCAGAGCCCGAAGAUGACGCGCGGUGUUGUGGAGCAUCUCCUGCUGUCAAAUUGAACCGCGCAGAAGUAUGGCUGAAGUCGAAAAUGGUCCUUAGCGAAACAGAAGCCUAUGGGCCUGACCAGACUGUGAACGGGCAAGUUAUAAAUGCAUCAGUCUGGGCCAGGUUCAAUCAAGCAACACGAUGCUUUAAAGGCCUACUCAAUUACGAAAGUGUAUACAAGUGGUACAUCGGUAACGCCAUUGACCGAAUGAUCAAAGAAAAGGUCAUGUACGCUGAGCUCAGGCCUAUGUUGCUUGACAAGUCCAUCCCAAGUGAUGACGGCCGGACCCCAAUUACGAAUGCUGAACAGAUGAAACUUAUUCUUGCAGCAGUCGAGGAAAAGAAGCAGGAGCUUAAGAAAGAGAACAUGUUGGAUAAGUUCCCCUUCGGCCUGAAGAUCAUAUACUGCACACCACGAUCUAUACCGAAGAAGAUGAUGCAGGAGGAAAUGAAGCAAUGUAUUGAGCUGAAGUUGCAGUUUCCCGAUCUUAUAUGCGGAUUCGAUCUUGUGGGUGCAGAAGAUCGCCCGAACCACAUCGGUUUCUAUCGAGUCGAGCUGCUUGCUUUCAAGAAGACCUGCGACAGCAAAAAUAUCGAAAUUCCUUUCCUGUUCCACGCCGGCGAGACACUCCUCGACACCGGCGGCUCCAGUGACCCAAAGAACUCGAAUCUGUACGACGCGGCCCUACUUGGAUCCAAGCGCAUCGGCCACGGCUUCGCGCUGAUGAAGCACCCCUAUCUGGUCGAGAAGUACUACAAGCGGCAAGCCGAUAAACCCGGGUCUGGUAUCUGCGUCGAGCUGUGCCCCAUCUCAAACGAACUGCUGCACCUGUGCCGCAACAUAAAAGAACACCCAUUCCCUGAGCUCCUAGCUGCAGGUAUUCCCUGCACCGUCAACAGCGACAACCCCUCUCUCUUCGGCAACACCAUGCCCCACGAAUUCUACCAGAUCAUGGUCGGCGCCCCGAGUAUGACGCUCUUCGGCUGGAAGCAGCUCGCGCGUUGGAGUCUGGAGUACAGCUGCCUGACCGCCGACGAGAAAGCAUCCGGCCGCGCGAUUCUCGACGCCGCGUGGCUCGAUUUCUGCGACAGCGUGAUUAAGCGCUACGGCGGGCUGAUGGACAAGUCGUACGAGGUGGUCGAUAAGAAGAAGGCGGAUGCCGAGUACAAGAACAUGCUCACGACGAACAAGGGGCGUUCGGCGAAGGGGAAGGCGGUGUACAAGACGUCUGCGCUGGAGGAGGCGGCGGGGGAAGCGGGGGGUGAGGAGGGGCCCAAGGCCUGA